AUGCCAACAAAUGUAUACAUAAAUAAUAACCAGGCAAUUAAAAUAUAACUAUAUGCUCCUUGUGGUGUUAUUAUAUAGGAAGGAACACUAGUCAAUACCCAUUUCUUGUUUUCUAUUAUUAUGUUCUUCUCUGUCCUUUGACCAGGUGGCUCUGGCUAUUGCAAAUACGGUUGGAGCAAGUAUGCUGCUCCAUCUGUGCGCUCUGCUACUUUCUUGGAAUUUGGUAACAUUGAGUCUCCAAUGUAUACCAGACUUAGACAGUUUUUUUCCACUAUUUAUAGCAGGAUGCAGGUAAGAGCACCAUCACAGCUAGUGGUUGUGUCUAUACCAAUAUUGCAUUAUGAUGAUACUGAAUCUGCAAAAGCAUCAAGACGGCAACUCAAGGAAGCUAUAUAUACAACACUAUUUAACAUGAAUGUUCCUGCUGUUUGUGCAAUUAAUCAGGCAACUUUAGCUUUGUAUGCUGCUAGAAGAACUUCAGGAAUUGUUGUAAAUAUUGGGUUUCAAGUCACAUCAGUUGUUCCAAUUUUACAUGGUAAAGUAAUGCGCAAAGUGGGUGUGGAGGUUGUGGGACUGGGAGCACUAAAACUUACCGGGUUUCUUAAGGAGUUGAUGCAGCAGAACAAUAUUAGUUUUGAAUCGCUGUACACCAUUCGCACUUUGAAAGAGAAUCUCUGUUAUGUUGCCUAUGAUUAUGAGGCUGAGCUACUCAAAGAUACAUGAGCAUCAUCUGACGCAGCAGGAGAAGGUC